AUGGAACCCUCGCGACAUUACUCUCAACCAGGAAUGUCGACUCAGUAUGCCCAGCAGCCGCAGCCGGACAGCACAAGAGGGAGUCAGAUGCAGGUUAUACCUGUGGGCAACCGGGCGGUACAGCAAUAUAUCAAUAGGCUGUAUCAUAAUCCUACACAAAUGCAGGCCGGCUCAUCCAAUGAUCCUGGAUUUUAUGCCAAGGCACAUAAAGAUAUGGUCGAAAUGAAGCAUAAGCUGGAGCAAAUGAUACUGGCUAACCAGCAACAUGCUGAAAUUGCGAAUGUAUCCAACCAAAUUCCACAUCCUCAACCGAGCUACCCACAUUAUCACCCAUAUGCGGGACCACAGGGAGCUGUUCCACAUCAACAUGGCGCGUGGACAGGGCCGACUCCGGCACCGUGGCCGUAUCAACAGCAACCAGUUCAUCAACACCAGACUUAUCCUCAGCAAACGUAUCCUCAGCCUAUGGCUCAAUCAUUUGUAGGUCAAUAUGCGCCCGGUAUGGCGAUGCAGGACGGAGCGCAUCAACAGGCCCAACCCGUUCCACAAGCCAACCAAUCCAACUUGCAGUCACACCACUCGGUACCCUAUCAGCAACCGCAACCGGGACUUCACCAUCCUUACGGGAACCCACAACCAGCUCAACAGAGCACCGCCUCGUUUCCCAAUGCCACACACCAGCCACAAAGGCAGCCGGUAGUGCAGCAAGCCACCCCUUCUACCUCUGCAAGUUAUGUGCAAAAUGCAUACCAACCUCAGGCACAACCUCAGCAUCCAACUCCUGCCCACAGCCAGAUGCCAGACCAUCCUCAGGGGAAUCCACUGCAACCAGGCCAUCAACCAAACCAGGCUGGCGGGUCGAAUAUUCAAAAAGAUCGCGAAAUCGCGCAAAAGCAGUUGCAGUACCUGCAGCACUUGGCCCAGCAACACAAACGCAGGCAACAGUCGCGACCAUCCUCUCACCAAAGCUCUCCUGCUUCUCCGCAGGUAGCGUUACCUACUCUUCCUCCCGCUCAGAACGCGAGUGGGAGCGCGCUAUCACAAUUGGCCCACCAGCUGCAGGCACCCGUUCAACGCUCAUCAUCUCCUCAAGAAGAGCCACCUGUUUCCGCUUCUCAAGUUCAGGACUCAGAUACUGUGGGUCCGUCCCCUGCAAGAAUCCGUUCUAGAAAGCCAUUCUCCCUGCACGAUCUGAAACCUGAACGUCGGCAGAGUACUGGGUGGAGUGUUGGCUCCAAUGCAUCAUCUCGUACAGCCGAUUCACAAGCUAAUGGUAGCAUCAACCCAGUGGGCCACAGCGACCACGAACAAGCAUACUCAACCCAUAAAUGGUUCCGCACGUGGCAUAACCCCACUGAAUCUGCCUCGGCUUCUGGACCAAUCAUACAGACGCACAACGAGAGCGUGCCAUCUCCCAAUUUAUCGAAUUCAACUUCGAGUGCCCAAACGGGAGGGGCCAGUGCUGGACCCGCAUCUCUCCGUGUGGAUAUACCACCCGAAGUACCAAGCGCACCUUCACCCGUUCCAGACAAACCGGCUCGACCAGCCCCCACAUCAAAACAGUCGGGAGCCGGAAUGAAGCUAGCCUUGGAACGCCUGCAUGGGCUUGGUGUGGAUUGCGUGGCGCUUGUCAGGCAAGCAGCUAAAACUGUGGGAAUUCCAGUUGAUAGCCUACAAGAGACCGGCCCAGGCGACCCAUCUAUCCCCCUCUUUGCGACUGGCCAACCGCUGGAUGUAUGGACAUCCAACCUCCGAGUUAACAAAACUCAAGGAGAUAAUUUGGUAAACGCUAUUUGGGCCUUGAUGAAGGAAAGGAUGCCAGAAAAAGGCAUCGAUGCAGCGACGUUUACAAAGGGGUCACCGAAUGCAACAACAAACACGACACCGAUCGAGAAAGAGCAACCUGCCAAUUAUGGUAAUGCUAUUCCCCCAGUUGAUGACGUGAAACCCACCGCGAUUCCGGUUGACUCAGCCAAACCUGAGACUGGGCAACACACGACGCUUACCGAGCAAUCGCAAACCAAGCCUAAGACAUCGCAUUUAUCCAACGAAUCUCAUCGUCCGUCGACUGCAGUGCCGAACCAGGCUCCCCCAGUUCAAACUCCCUCCGCUCCCAAGCCUCCUACAGCCCCUAAUUCAAUUCCAACGCCUCAGCAGACAGCCCCACGACCUAAGCCCAUGCAGCAUAAUCCACAGGCCGCCCCUGUUUCGACUGGCGUGCCUACCUGGCAGGUAAAUCGUGCGCAGCUGGCUCAAAAGUACCAAUACAGCCCAUACCCCAGUAGUGUACCUGCGUUGCAAACAACCGCCCGGCCUGUUGAGCAACAACGAUUACCACCGGCGCAUAUGGCGUCGUAUCUUCCUCCCAAUCUCACUGCUCAGACUCAGGCACCAAUGCAGCCCUCCCAGUCGCAGGCUCCAGCACAAGCUCCACAAGCGCAACCAGGGUCGAGAAAACCAAAAAACAAACCUAGGAAGACCGCCGCAUUGGAUUAUCUUCGGUCGAUUGGAAUUGACAUAUCGGAUGGAGGUGGAUCUGAAAAGUCGGAGAGCACAUCCAACGAGUCGCCUGCUCAGGGCGAGCCCAUCCAGACAAAAGAUAAGGGUAAAGGUAAAGCCACGGACUCUGAGGAACCAGUAGUAUUAGUCCAACCGGGGUCGGAACUAGAGUCACAGUCAAAGCCUGACAAUAAUGGAAACGUUGUGUCUGAAUCCGUACCUCCAGCAGUCAAUGCAGCUGAGCCGUCGCGAGUACUUGAAGCACCUCCCUCACCGGUCGCCCCCAUAAUUACCGUCCUUCCUGAACCUUCCCCAACACCUCCCUCCCCCCUUUCGGCCAUGGAAACUACCAACAGGCCUAUGACCCCCAUCCCGCAGGUUACUCCUGUGAUCCAUGCCCCUACUCACGUAUCGCCAGUAACGGCCACCCCGGAUGAUUUGAAUGCGCCUGUGGACGACCCAUCUUCCCUGCCUGCAACUUCAGCUCCUGUGAUGAAUUCUCCUUCAUCUGUUCCAGAUGUUCCCGCUGAAAAUGCGGACCCAGCUCGGCCAGUCUCUCAAGCCCUGGCGGAUCUUUCGCCCCCUAUAGUAUCUAUUUCUGGUCUCACUUUGAACGGUCUUUCAUCUCCGGGAGAGGCCACACCACUCAAACGCAAACGUGAGCCACGCGUGUCAGACAGCAGUGAGGCAGGUCCGGGUCCAAACACUGAAGCACGGGCACGACAACAUACGAGCGCGAACAAACACGACCAAAAGCGCCCAAAGGUGACCAAACGCGACUCGACAACAACAGGUGUCGGAAAGAAACCUCCAUCCCAGGUCGAAAGUCCGUAUCCGAACAUUCCGCUCCCAGCCGACCCACCGCCGAAUAAUAGCUGGGCGCAGUCGUAUGCUAGCGCCAUGAAUUCGGCGAACCGGAUGGACCGGCCGUUGUUUAGGCCUGAGACGCCGCCGGCGGAUGAGCUUUCGUUGUCACCAAGGUCUAAACCUAAACCUGCCAAACCACGGAUGAUCAUGGAGGUAGUCAUCCCAGUUCCAAAGAAAAAGAGGAAAGCAGUAGCUGAUUUAACGUCAGACACUGGGACCGAACGGGACGAUGACUUGGGACUGAGUGCGCUCGUUGAUACGAUUCAUGAUGACACCAGAACAGAGCAAGAACCAGAUUUGAAGUUGAUACGCCGCAGACUUCGACCCCAUACGUGCGAAUGGAUAGGAUGUAUUGGCCCGCCUGUGCUGUCAUCGAGAUUCAGAUACGAUUGUGAUCGAACCACGUCGGAACGGUACAGAAUGAUCGUGCACGUCAACCGUGCGCAUCGUGGAAACCCAGAGGCUAAACUGCGGGUGUUUGCUCAACCUGAGGACUUUCCGCCAGGCCGGGUAGAAUCAGAAGAGCGCGUGGUUUUGCGUCCGGAUGCAUUCCCAGAUGGUGUGCCGUAUUUCAGGAUCAUGGCCAUGGCGCUGAGGUACGAGGUCGUUCCCGCGCACAUUCCGUCACAGCGCCACGCCCGGAUCGGGCCAAUUGUUCUACGCAACAUAUCUGCUCCGACGGGAAUUGUAUCUGUCCCCAGGCCAGUUGCGGGUGGACGUGUACCAGAACUACCGUUACCAACGGCGCUCAGUUCUCCCAUGCCACGAUCGCAGGUGCGGCUAGGAACGGUCCCACCGGAUGCUUUAGGCGAGGAAAUCGAACGGGAAGUAGGGCCACCUCCCAACAGGAGCCCGGUUCGUAGGAUGUCGAACGCUAAGGGAACCAAGGCAGCUGGGGAUUCGAGCGCAAUAUUGAGAACGAAUCCGUCGCCUGCGCGAUCGUAUAUUACAAUAACUUCCAAUGAGUCUUCGCCAGAACCCAAGAGCCGAACGGGAAGUACUGUGCAAGCUCCGGGGCACGGCCGAGGGCGCGGUGGCACAAGCAUAGUCAGGGCUAAUCAAUCGAUGGUAUCGCAGUCGUCCCAAACGUCCAUCCCACCCAAGGCGCCACGACUCCAGCUUGUGGUUGAGUUACCGGGGAGAGGGAGAGGCGGGAGCAGUACAAGGAAGUGA